CGUACAGCUCCUGGGACUGGCCACCUGAGAUGUUCAGGUUUUGGGUCCCCAUUAUCCCUGGGUUGGUUUAAAUCAGCUGAGGGAGGAAAGGGACUUAAUCUGAAAUAUCAAAGCAGCGACCUGCCUGUUUUUCUCUCCUUCCCGCUAUUCCUCGCCUCUUCCCAUCCCUCAUCUCCCCAUGGGCUUUCCAGCCCCGUUCAAACCCCGCCCUUGUUGAACCUUUCUAAGAUAAAACUUUUCUUCACUACCGGCUUCCAGUGUCGCGUUUGGACCGGCUCAGCCGGCGUGACAAGGCCUUUGCGCAUGUGCGGGGUGAAACGUGAAGAAGGUGAAGAUGGCGGCGGCCAGGACGGGUGUCCUGGGAAUCCGAUGGCUGCAAAGGGCAGCCCAGGGAGUGGUGCCGUUGGGUGCACGGACAGCUUCCCACAUUACUAAGGACAUGCUCCCGGGGCCCUAUCCCAAGACCCCAGAAGAACGGGCCGCCGCCGCCAAGAAGUAUAAUAUGCGAGUGGAGGACUACGAGCCGUACCCGGAUGAUGGCAUGGGGUAUGGCGACUACCCGAAGCUCCCUGACCGCUCACAGCAGGAGAGGGAUCCAUGGUAUGACUGGGACCACCGAGACCUGAGGUUGAACUGGGGUGAACCGCUACACUGGGACCUAGACAUGUAUAUCCGGAACCGUGUGGACACAUCCCCCACACCUGUUUCUUGGAAUGUCAUGUGUAAGCAGCUCUUCGGCUUCAUUGCCUUCAUGGUUUUCAUGUUCUGGGUGGGAGAAAUGUACCCCACCUACCAACCAGUGGGGCCAAAGCAGUAUCCUUAUAAUAAUCUGUACCUGGAACGAGGCGGUGAUCCCACCAAAGAGCCUGAGCCGGUGAUUCACUAUGAGAUCUGAGGAGGCUUCCUGGGUUUUUGUGCCCCCAACUAGGACUCUUUUAUUCCUAGAGAUUUAACCUUAAUGAAUCCCAAUAAAACUUAGUGCUGUGGUA